ACCUUAUGAUGGGAUGCCCUGUACACAAUGUUUUUUUACAAAGGUGUGUACAAAUAUGUAUGCAAAAAACAAUUCUAGUUACACUACAAUUCCACUUUAUAUGUAACUUUGCAGAAAUAGUAAGGCUAUCCUCAACCUUUAACUUGAGCUUCAUCAACCGCUUUUGUCAAAACAUGUAUACGCUGGAAUUAUUCCAUCGCAUUCAUAGCUCUAUUAUUGAUGUAAUGCGUGGUUGAGUAUUUAAAUUUAUGUACGCAACGGAAUAGAUAAUCAGAGGAGAGGAGUUAGAGAGAAAUCUAGAGACAGGGGAAGGAGAAAUUUAACAUGGGGCGUGGAAAAAUCGAGAUCAAGAAGAUCGAAAACAGAACCAACAGGCAAGUGACUUACUCGAAGCGGAGAAACGGUAUCUUCAAGAAAGCUCAGGAGCUCCAUGUUCUUUGUGAUGCGAAGAUCUCGAUCAUCAUGUUCUCCAGUACUGGCAAACUCCAUGAGUACACCAGCCCCAACACUUCGACGAAAAAGAUAUUUGAUCAGUAUCAGAGGACUCAAGGUUGUGAUCUAUGGAGCACGCACUACGAGCAUAUGCAAGAAACAUUAAGGAAAAUGAAAGAGAUCAACAAAAGACUCCGAAAUGAAAUCGGCAUAAGAAUUGGUACUGGUGAUUUGAGCAAUAUGAAGGAAACAGAACUGUAUCGGAUUGAGCAGAAGAUGGAAGACUCUGUUGCCACAAUACGCGAGCGCAAGUAUCAUGUGAUAAAAACUCAGACUGAUACAUGCAAGAAGAAGGUGAGGAGCUUGCAGGAAAGGAAUGGGCGUCUCCUACUCGACUUUGAUGCAAUAUGCCUAAUGGAUCCAAGGUACGCAGCAAUGAGGGAUGAUGGAAGAGUAUACGAGGUAGAUCCUGGAGUUUCAUAUGGAAAUGGAUUGUAUAAUCACCGGUUUUAUGCUAACUUUCACCAUGGAGAUGGUGUAUCAGGCGGCCCUGAUCUGCGUCUUGCUUGAUCCCUGUGUUUGUGAGCGUGCAUAUACUGGCAUGCCUUAAUUUAAUUAGCUCUGUUAAAUUAAAUUAUCAGCUGAAUUACAAUGUAUCUUAUUUGUGAAGGAGGACCUGUAUCACAGAACCUGGUGUUCUAUAACAAUAUCUUGAGGAUGGCUUUGUAAUUUGAUCAAUUAAGCAAUGUCACAAGAAACAACUGGGUUGUUUCUUUUUGACCAGCA